GCGUAUCGGAAGAACGUGCAGCAGCUCCUCCAGAGCCUGAUUCGGAAGCUCACCGCUGUGAGCCAGUAUGAGGAAGUACUCACAAAAAUCAAUGCCACAUCCACAGAUCGCCUCACAGUUCUGAAGACCAAGCCCCAGUCCAUCCAGAGGGACAUAAUCACCGUCUGCAACGAUCCCUACGCGUUGGCUCAGCAGCUGACACACAUCGAGCUUGAGAGACUCAAUUAUAUUGGACCGGAAGAAUUUGUCCAGGCGUUUGUGCAAAAGGAUCCUUUGGAUAAUGACCAGCUGUGCCAUAGUCAGGCAGUUAAGACCCGGCACCUGGAAGCCUAUGUGGAAUGGUUUAACAGGCUCAGCUAUUUGGUCGCGACAGAAAUCUGUAUGCCCGUGAAGAAGAAGCACAGAGCAAGAGUGAUCGAAUAUUUCAUCGACGUGGCACGGGAAUGUUUUAACAUCGGCAACUUUAACUCCUUAAUGGCUAUCAUCUCUGGCAUGAACAUGAGUUCUGUGUCUCGGUUAAAGAAAACAUGGGCAAAAGUGAAGACAGCCAAAUUCGAUAUUCUUGAGCAUCAGAUGGACCCUUCUAGCAAUUUUUAUAAUUAUUUUUUUGCUCUGCGUGGAGCUGCUCAACGGUCCUUGACAGCUCACAGCAACAGAGAGAAGAUCGUGAUACCUUUCUUCAGCCUCUUGAUCAAAGAUAUUUACUUCCUCAACGAGGGUUGCGCCAAUCGUCUUCCAAAUGGUCACGUCAAUUUUGAAAAGUUCUGGGAAUUGGCAAAACAAGUCAGUGAAUUUAUGACGUGGAAGCAAGUGGAGUGUCCGUUCGAAAGGGAUCGGAAGGUUCUGCAGUACUUGCUCACUGUCCCGGUCUUCAGCGAUGAUGCACUUUACUUGGCUUCCUACGAGAGCGAAAGUCCCGAGAAUCACAUUGAAAAGGACAGAUGGAAGACACUGAGGUCAACGCUGCUGGGCAGAGCCUAG